CCCGCCGCGGAGCCCGGGCCCCCGCCGCCCGCCGGGACGAGCGGCCGGCACAGCCUGCUGGGGGUGCGGCGGCUCCGGGAGGAGCUGGCCGCCUGCAUCCGCAAGAUGGAAGAAGUGAUGCGGGAAGACGGACGGGAAGAAGCCCAGGAGCCGGCCGACGAGCAGCGGGCCCGCGUCAGGAGGCAGGAGCUGGGCGUGCGCUGCGGGCGGAUGCUCUACUCUCUGCAGCGGCAGGUGAGAGAAAUCCAGGAAGAAUUGGAUAAACUGAGUCCACAUAAAAUCAAACACACCGAGAAGUCAUGGGCCACGUCCCGGCUGGCGGCCGCCCACCGGGGCGCCGUCCGGGCCCUGCAGGUGCUUGUGACGCAGUUCGCCGAGCGCGGGGAGCAGCCCCUUCCGGCCCGGUGCAGGGAGCUGGGCAGCCUCCUCCGCCAGCUCUCCCUCUGCUCCGCCGAGCUGGACACCGACUCCUGCGUGGCCCAGGUGGUUGCAGACAUCCUGCAGCAGAUCGAGGCUUGGGAAUCCCUCCUGGAAAAGAAACUGUCACCAAGAAAAGUGAAAAAAUGCUUCCCGGAAGUUCGGAGCAGGCUUCCUUUGGGUGGCCACGGGGCCUUGGAGAGAUGGCAGAGCCCUGCCCCAAAGAGCGAGAGGAGACCCUUCCUAGCAAAGGAGAUCUUUCCACAGGAAACAAGACGACCUUCCCCAGCAAACAAGCUUCUUGCUGAUAAGUGCCAGCCUGGGGCAGCGCCUGCAGCCACCCAGAGGUCUGGGAACCGGCUGGGAGUGAGGGGCAUGGACCUCCUUCGGGAGGGAGCCCUGUCUGCUCCAGAUGACAGCGAGAGCGCCCCGGCGGAGCCCGGGGCCGGGGCCGGGGCCGGGGCUGGAGCGGGAGCCGCGGCCCGGAGGCCCGGGGCGGUGAGCACGGUGCCCAGGAAGAAGGAGGCGCCGGCGGGACUUUGGCAGGGACCCCACAGAGCUGAGCACGGCCAGCCGCCCCGAUCCCGGGGUAGAAGCCGCGUGCAGCGCACGACCGUGUCGUCCAGACUGAAAAGGAGCCAACAGCCAGUGAGGGACCGCAGGGUGCCCUGGGUGCCUCCACACCCCACGUCCCCACCAGCGUCCCCCAAGUGGUACGUGACCGCGCCCUGCCCCUGUGGCGCUGCUCAGGGAGCUCUAGUGGUAGGGGCGUCGCCUGCAGAGAGCCUGUCCCUGGCUGUGGCGGCCUGCAGAUCCCGCUCUGUUUAUGUCCCCAGACUCGCUUGGCUGGACGCGGAAGUUCACAAAACACUGAAGGAGCUGGAAGAGCUGCGAGGCGCGGGCGCGGACGGCGCGCCCGGGCAGAGCGACUGUGCCGCCCAGUUAGCAGACAAGGUAGAGAAAUCAGUUCUGGGGCGCCUGAAGCCUCUCCUGGGCCAGGCCGAGAGAGUCAGCUCUUCCCUGGAAGCGGAUGUGCCGAAGGAGCGGCCGCCGGCGGACACAGCCACAGCCUGGCCUGCAGACAAGGUGCGUGCACCGGCGUGGCUGCGGCGGGGACGUCACCGCGCCGGCAGAGCCUGCUCGGGGUGCCUGUUUGCCUGUCUUGUCAGACCCCUGGUGCUCACAGAAACCUCUGGCGCCACAGGGUUCUGUCCGUGUCUCUGUCCCCUCCUGCGGACAGCACGUGGGCGCGACCCGGCCGCUAGUGCCGAGUGCGGUGGAUUGUGCGCGGGCUUAGACGUUGGCACCGUGCGGACCAUCGCCCGCGGCACCGGGAGUCUGUGCCUGAAUGACGGGGUCACACAAGCAGGAAACCUCAUCGAAGGGCCAAGGUCCCUUGUCCCUUUGUUCUCGUACCGGCCGGGUUGGCGUCUGCGCUCCCCUUUACCGCUCAGCUCGGGGCCCAUGGGCCCGGGUUCACUGCUCGGCAGCUUGGGGCCACGGGCCCGGGUUUAUCUGCGCCUCCUUCCAGAGCGGACGAGCCCAGCGGCAGGGGAACGGCCGCUCCCUCCUCCUCCAGUCAGGAUCACCGGGAGCCCCGCUCGCAGAGUCCCGGGCGCGAGCAUCGUGUUGGAAAGACCCUGCAAUGGCAACUCCCUGGAUGUAAGUGUGGACCCCGACGAGGAGUCGGAGAGGAGGGAGGCUCCCCUUCCGCCCCUUCCAGAAGAGUCUCCACAGCAGGAUGGCUGUAUCGCCCUCCCGGUGCCCCUGGGCAUCCGGCGCAGCAUUCUCGACUACUGCAGCCGCUUUGAGCAGCAUCUCCGUGUGAUGGCGCAGGAGGCCGUGGGCGCCUUUAACCCCUGGCUGAUGGCCGAGAGCUUCUCGGACGAGCUGGUAGACGAGGCUCUGGGUGCCGUGGCUGCGGAGCUGGAGGACCUGGGCGAGGACUGCGCAGAAGCCGUGUUCACGUCGGAGUUCUUGGAGGCCGCUGCGUGAAGGCCGUCUCCGUGGCCGGCGCCCUACCCGGGCCACAGGAGGCCUCGACCUCAGCUGUCCCUCGUUGUCAUGGUGAUGGAGCUGGUAGUUGAGGACAGGGUGUUGGUCGGUGCCCAGGAAUCGGGAGUUGCUUUCGACGAGAUAGUAUUUCUGAACGUGGGGUUUUCCUGCUGAGACACCGGCGGUGCGAGUGUCCUGACCGGCGGCGGAAGCGUCACCAGGCCAUGAGCCCAUCAGCCCCCGGGGGCUGUGCCCCCUCUCGCUCUCAGCCCCCCGCGGCCCCCGGUGGACGCACGGCCGCACGGAACUGUGAGCUGGGGGGCGAGGCGGGUGCCCAACUCACAUCCCGGCUGCGGGGAUCGCGCUUCCCCGCCUCCAGACCCAGCGAGGAGCCUGGUUAGGUGAGGCCCUCGGAGAGCCGGGCACCAGGGGCCCCGUCCCUCCCCUCCUCUCCUUCCCCUCCCCUCCCCGUCGGGAGUCACCCAGACGAGAGCCUCUGGUUUUUCAGAAGCAGGAAAGGUGGGUAUGAAAGGCUCCUCAGUGCCGCCCACUGGGGACCGGCCGGAGGGCUGGAGACGUGGCCUCUGGGACUUCUCUCCAAGUGCGCAUGCCUCAGGGGACAGUACGGACUGUCCCAUCACCCAGACCCGUGCAGAAGUGGGCUUUGUUUUGUGUCCGUGUUCCUAAACGUCACACAGUCCCCGAGGUGAAAAUGCUCUGAGGUCGCCGGAAGGUCUUUGGUGCGAGGGGCGUGUGUGCACUUGACUGGCGUCUGCGUCUGUGGCUGGAGUCGUGUGCUCGUGUUUGCUGUGACUUGUAAAAUAAACUCAGGAUUUUGAAGUA